AUGACUUCCCUAGACGAGACUUCUUCUCUUCUCGACCCCUUCCUCGCCCUCCUCGACGACCCCGCUCCUUCAAACGUCCCAGCCCAGACGCUCCUUGGCGCCAUCACCCAUUUCAUCUCGACCCUCGACGACGCCCAGCUCGCCCGCUUCAUCGCUUCCCUCACCCGUUCGCUAUCUCUGCCGAAGACCAAUGGAGUGAGCAGUGAGGAUAUCAGGGCGGCAGUUAAGCUGGGUGUCGUGGGGUUCGUGAUGAGGAUGGAGAAUGAGAAGAAGGGAGUGUAUUUUGGAUCAUACAGGCGGUCGAAAGCAGCUAGGCAAUGGCUGGACGGGGUGCUCCAUGCUACGAAGACUACCAGGGAUACAGUCGGCCCACGGACGCAAGUAUUGAUAGGCCUACUGCAAGGCGUUGAGGAGUCGCAGACCGUCGACUGGGGACAUGCGCGAGUCAAACUGGAAGAGAAGGUGGUUCUGGCAUUGUCUUGGGAUGAGCAGACGGGAGACUUGGAGCCUUUGUGUGUCGCCAUGCCGCAUGUGGGUGUAUACAGGCUACUGGCGUUGGAUCUGCAGCCACUGAGCGACAAGAUUGCCGAUCACAUCUUUGCUUUGCUUGCUGUUCAGCAGGACCUUGACCAGAUACAUAUAUACGCCUCUGCUCUUGGUCGGUCAUAUGUGGCACUGUAUUCGGAAGCUGCAUCCAAUCAGCGGCACACUCUCCAGGCUAUGUCUCUGUUUUGUCAGAGGAUGGAGGGAUUAGGUUUGGAACUGGGAAAGAAAGGCCGAGGUUUCGAAGAUAAAGACCUUCACAAGACUGCUUUCAGGGCCUUCCUCCUGCCCGCUUCUUCCAUUCUUGACGUUCUCCUCCAAAACUUGUCUGGUCAGGAGGAAUCUGUGGACUUGGCCGGUCGAAUCAUCAGAACAAUGUUUGCCUUCUCGUAUUUGACCGUGAGCGGCGAUGGCUUUGAGCACUAUCACAGACUACUUGCCGGCUGUCUCGACAUCACCUCGCAGCGGGGAGGGGUCGCGGCUACCGAGACCUUAUUCGCACAUAUCUCGAGUGAAGGAAGACUAUCGGACGCAAAAGCUGCUUUCGUCCUGAUACUAGGGGACGGACUCGUACAUCAGCUUGGCAGCCGGUCCAUCGACUUGCUGCUUCCUCUAGCUGAGAGGCACGCUCACAGAUCCGAAAGCAGACCAAGCUUUGAAGCUGCCCAUACGUUCUUUCUUUCGCUUCUGCGGGUGUCUUCAGAAACCUUGCAGAGUGCUUCACCCCAGACCGACUUUUUCGAUGCUUUGUUGCCUAACUAUCUUUCGAUCCUUACAAAGCGAGCGAAGUCCGGCGACAUUACGCCCGACCAGCUCAAGCAAGCUCUCCCUCUCAUCACCUCCUACGCCGCUCGACGGGAUCACGCCUCGGUCUCCCUGUGCCUACAAGCCCUCUCCUCACUCCCGCCAUCACCCGCCACCCGCCUGAUUCAGAUCCGCCUCGCGCCUCAUAUCCCAUCCUUCUCAUUGCCAGCUUACCUGCAAAAUCUGGGAGAGAUGAUGAGGGGCGUGGACGAGAGCUCGUAUGAGAGGAUGGAGCUCAUGGGCGAGGCGUUCCAGAUGAUUAGCAGGGAUUUGCGAGAUGAAGACAAAAGGUUAGGCGUAGAGUGGUGGAUGAGCUGGAAGCAGACACUUGGGCAAAAGCCACUUGGGUUUGUGAGGAGCAGAUUGUGA